ACUUCUGCUCAUAGUCAUAUAUACAGUGAGAUUGGUACGUAGAGCCCGAUCCAUCUGACUGAUCGCUGCGAUCGAUCCACAACGGUGAUUGAACGUUGCACAGUAUGAAGCGCUGGAGCCUCCCCGCGGCAGCACCAGCCGUCGCUGCCAUCGUUUUUCUCCUCUCCACCACGGCCAUACGGUUGGCGGCCGCGGCUGCCGUCGAGCACACGUUCGUCGUGAGCAAGAUGAACAUGACGCACUUGUGCAAGGAGACGCUGGUCAGCGUGGUGAACGGGCAGCUCCCGGGGCCGGCGAUAGAGGUCACAGAGGGAGACUCGGUGACCGUUCAUGUCGUCAACAAGUCACCCGACAACAUAACAAUCCAUUGGCAUGGAGUGAAGCAGCGGCUGAACUGUUGGGCCGACGGAGUGCCGAUGAUUACCCAAUUGCCCAUCUUGCCGAACCACAAUUUUACCUACCGGUUCGACGUUGCUGGGCAGGAAGGCACCCUGUGGUGGCAUGCUCACGUCUCCUGCCUCCGGGCAACCCUGCACGGCGCCUUGAUCAUCCGGCCGAGAGAUGGGGCCGGCUCAUAUCCGUUUCCUAAGCCUCAUAGGGAGAUCCCAAUCGUCAUAGGGGAAUGGUGGGCGAAGGACCUUGCACAGGUGGCCAGGAACAUGUCGCAUAAUUUGUUUGCAGAUUACUCCAGUGCAUCCACAAUCAAUGGCAAGCUUGGAGAUCUCUUCAACUGCUCUGGCGCCGUGGAAGAUGGCUACGUGCUGGACGUGGAGCCCGGCAAGACCUACCUGCUACGAGUAAUCAACGCUGCGCUAUUCUCCGAGUACUACCUCAAGAUAGCCAGGCACAAGUUCACGGUAGUCGCCGCCGAUGCCAACUACGUCACCCCCUACACCACGGACGUCAUUGCGAUCGCGCCUGGCGAGACGGUCGACGCCCUGCUGGUCGCCGAUGCGCCCCCUGGCAGGUACUACAUGGUCGCCCUGCCCAACCAGGCACCAUUGCCUGACACCCAAACCCCGGAGUACAGCACGAGAGGGAUGGUGCAGUACAGCAACGACCACAACUCCGGCAAUGGCGCAGCAGCUUUGCGCUCAAGCCGCAGUGCCGAAGAAGAAGAAGAAGAUGGAGGUCCAUCCGGUGAUGUGCCAGUAGCGCCUGAGAUGCCUGACAAGCACGACACAAUUACAUCAUUCUACUUCCACAGCAACCUGACCAGCCUGCGCCACCGACGGCGCUCGCAGGUGCCGGCGCGAGUCGACGAGAGCUUCUUCAUCACACUCGGCCUGGGCUCCAUCUGCCGUCGUGGUUAUCCGGCAUGCAAGAGGAGCGGGAACAACGAGUCCUUGCUCGUGGCAACCAUGAACAACGUUUCCUUCCAGCUCCCCGCGGUGACGACUCCACUGCUAGAAGCUCACUACUACCACACCAACGCCGAGGACACGCUACAAGUACUUCCUGCCAAGCCGCCGAGGGUGUUCAACUUCACCGACCGCACCUUGAUCGCGUUUGGACCCAAGGAGGGUCAUCUAGAGCCGACGUCCAAGGUGACAAUGGCGCGGCGGUUCCGGCAUGGCACGGUGGUGGAGGUGGUGUUUCAGAGCACGGGGCUCAUGCAGGGUGACUCCAACCCGAUGCACCUACACGGGCACGACAUGUUCGUGCUCGCGCAGGGGCUAGGUAACUACGACGCGGCCAAGGAUGUGGCUAGGUACAACCUGGUGAAUCCCCUGGUCAAGAACACCGUGCUCGUCCCGAAUCUUGGGUGGCUCGCCCUCCGAUUUGUUGCCGACAAUCCAGGGGUAUGGUUCAUGCAUUGUCACUAUGAAUUCCAUUUGUCCAUGGGCAUGGCGGCAGUUUUCGUGGUAGAGGAUGGGCCAACAUUGGACACAUCCCUCCCUCCACCGCCUGUGGAUUUUCCGACAUGUGGCCAUGACAAUAAUCAGCUGCACAAUGAAUUCUACCUCGCGACUGAGAAAACUGAAGUGUUAGGCAUAAACGAAGUCUAAAAGAAAUUCGACCGAUAGUUUUUCAAAUAAGCCAAAUAAACUUAUGAAUCAUGAACUUGUUCUUUGAAAUAAAAUGCACCCAUUCAGUAGGGUGUUGUGCAAGGACGACCUGAUAUGCGGACAAAUAAACUUGUGUAAGGGAGAAUUGUAUCCAUGAUUUUGUAUUGGAUGUAAUAUAGGCAGACUGCAACCUUGCUUUUGCAUAAAUAAAUCUCUGCCACUUACCCUAAAAAACCUUAUGUUCGUUUCGAGAUAUUUUAAGCAUUAAAACAGAUACAUCUACGUGGUACUCGUUUCUUUGGGGCAGAUGUGAAUUGUGAUGUUGCUUUGUGUGCUAGUGCCUUCUGUUCAACAAACAGGUGGGCCCAUGACCAGGAAGUCAUG